CUCGGAGGAGGACAACUACAGCCAGAGUCGGAGGCUCCUCUUCCAGGAUGGCUACCCUCGAGGGGCUGGGGCGGACCCGAUCCAGCGCAGGCAGCAGCGGAGAUCUUUGGAGCAUCGGCCCAUGGGUGUGGUCCCCUACCUGGGCACCUUCCUCAAGGACUUGGUGAUGCUGGAUGCAGCCACACGGGACAGGCUGCAGAACGGGUACAUCAACUUCGAGAAGCACCGCAAGGAAUUCGAGAUCCUCACCCAGCUGCGACUCCUGCAGGCCAACUGCCGCAACUACGCCCUGAGCCCCGACCGGAACCUCCAGCGAUGGCUGCAGCGCCUGCCCCGACUCAGCGAGGCCCAGAGCUACCAGCUCUCCUGCACGAUCGAGCCGCCUGUGAGGAGCAGCGACCCCUGGCCGCCCAUGAAGCCCACCGUGGUGAUCACCCACUGCGCAGACCUGGCCACCUCGAUUGGGAUGAGCACCCUUGUCUCCUGGGACAAGCCCAGCUCCCCACAAGCCCCGCCAGACCUCCUGCUGCCUCCACCUGCUUCCCCCACCCCCCACGGGCAACCGCAGCAGACCCAGCGUACGAAGUGGCCCUCCGUCUCCUCGCUGGACACGGCCCCGGAGAACGCCUCUUCUCCCUCCUCCCCGGAGGGCUUAGCCCCACCCCCUGCCGUGGGGGGCACCUUCGCCCGGGGCCACCGGCGAUCGGCAUCCUGUGGGUCGGCCUACCCCACGGCCCCCGCCCCGGACAGCGGACUCCCCUCGGACUGCCGCAUCAUCCGCGUGAGCAUGGCUCUGCACAACGGCACCCUCUACAAGAGCAUCUUGGUCACGAGCCAAGACAAGGCGCCGGUUGUGAUCGGGAAGGCGCUGGAGAAACACAACCAGGAUCGGGUCCUGGCCCCCAACUACGAACUGGUGCAACUCCUGCCAGAAGGCCGAGAGCUGGCCUUCCCGACCACGGCGAACGUCUUCUACGCGAUGAGCAGCAGCUGCCUGGACUUCAUGCUGCGACCCAAGCGCCCGCGGGAGAAGCCGCCCCCUCCACCGCCCAAGCCCAAGCCCAAGCCGACGCCACCCAAGGGGGUGGAGAUCAGCGCCACCUUCCCGAAGAUCAAGGCCACCGGUCGGAAGAUAGCCAGGGCCCUCUUUUGAGUUGGGUGGCAGGACGACGGAGCCGUGCCUCCGUUUCCACUCGCUCAGG